AUGGCCCCCUUUGACCGUCCUCUGCCUUUUCACGUACAAUCCACCGUGGACAAGGUCCACAAGUUCCCGCAUCAUGACUCCAUCACGCAGCUGUGGGAGUCGAGAUGGCGAGACCUUUGCCGUACAGCCGAGUACCCCUUCGGGGAGGCGGCAUUGGAGGAUUUCGAGCCCAUCUUUGCCUCCCUCGUCACCAAAUUCCACAACGACCCCGAGGCUCUGGUCCGUGAUCCGGACGGGUACGCCGCGUCUUUCCUGCCCGCGGCCGCGGCGCUGGUCCGCGAGGCCGAAGCGUCGGAAAAGGUCCAGGAUACGGACCGUGCCCGCGACCUGUUCCUCCGUGCCGCGGCCAUCUACCGCAUCGCCCGCUUUCCCGUCAACCGCUCGCCGCUGGGCCACGUGGCUUGGGAAAUGGGCCGCGGAUCCUAUCUGCGUGGAGCCGCGUACCUGGAGCCGCCCGUCCGUGAGGUCGCCAUACCCUUUACCCAUGCAAAGGCGGGUGUAGAUGCGGCAGAACGGCCCAUUCUCGCAAAUUUGCGGAUCCCGUCGUCGUCUUCGUCGUCGUGUUCCUCGCAAAAGCCCGACGCCAGCAGCUGGCCGGUCCUCGUCCUCAUUUCUGGACUAGACUCGUACCGCAGCGACAGCACGACCCGCACCACUGCGCACACGGCCACGGGGCUCGCCGUGCUCGCUGUGGACAUACCGGGGACGGCAGACUCGCCGGCGGCGGCGGGGGAUCCGUCGGCGUCGGACCGGCUGUUCUCGUCGGUGCUGGAGUGGAUCGCCACGACGGGCCGGGGCUGUAGCACGGGCGGCUACCACGCGCUGCGCCUGGCGCACACGCACUCCGAGCAUCUGCUGGCUGUCAUUUGCCACGGCGGAGCCUGCCACUACAUGUUCGAGCCGGACUGGAUACGCGCUCAGGAUCACAUGGAGUAUCCCUUUGGGCUGGCAGAGGCGCUGGCGUGGAAAUUUGGGUUCCGGCGGCAGCGGCUGGAUAAGACCAAUAGCUCUCGCAGCGAGGAAGAAGCCGACGUUGCGGCAUACGUAGGGGAGGCCAAGAAACGAUUCAGCCUAGAAGACGGCCUAGAUGCUGGUAUGUUGAACGGCCGCAGCUGCAGAUUGCUCAUCGUCAAUGGCCUCGAGGAUUCAGUUUUCCCCAUUGAGGACAGCUGGCUCGUCGCGAGUCGGGGUCGGCCAAAAGAAGUGCGCCUGCUGGAAAAUCGUCGUCACAUGGGAAACCCUGGAGGAGACGAGAUCGCUGUGGAAUGGGCUCGCGAGGUUGUUAGGCAGGCCGGGGGGAUAAACAAGUAA